AUGGGGGAUUAUAUGACAAUCUUCCUUGCCGUUGAUAAGGAUCAGAAAGGUGAGUUAAAUCCGUCGCCUAUGGGACCACAAAAUAGUUCCUUUUCAAUCCGCAACAGAAGUAGAUUUGUUCGAUUGUUAGUCUCGAUAAAUCCUGUGAAGUGGCUAUCUUUUUUCAGGAGGGCUGUUUGAGACUCUCCAAUAAGCCAAGUAUGAUAUGUGUAUAUAGCUUCUAGCGCUCUCUAUUACCUUACAAGUUUCAUGGAUGUUUGUACAGUCACGAGAACCUUACGUUUUUUGCGUCAGCAUGAAAAUAACUAAGGUUCAUACAACUAUCUGAUUUCACUUUAAGAGGAUUUUAAGGUGAAUCGCUUCUUGCAUUUUCUAAUACCUUUGCACUAACCUGACGUGAGUGCCUACAGUAUGCAGUCUUUUUGUAGCAUGGGUGAGUACGCAUAAAUUUAUGCGUUCGUUGAACACACGAGUUUACUCAUGCACUCAUAACUGAUACUUACAACUGCCCAACUUAAAUUAGGAAGUCUGUAAACCACCAAAUCCAUUAUAGAAACAUUAAAAUUGCAAGCCUUCUUUCGCAUUUUAUUUACUGACUAAGGCAGAAUCCUGUACGGAAUGAUCUUAAACCAUCUGAAAAUUUCUUAAGAAUGAUUUAACUUCUGCCCGUUCAAAAAGGAUGGGAAAAAUUUAUGACCUGUCCCUUGAGGUGAAACCGGAGCAAAGGACCAAAUAUUAUUAUUUAUGUUGUGUCAUUAAAAUAAAAAACAUACUUGACAAUUUCCCGGGCAUUCUUCUUACGAACGUAUCUGAGCUUCCAUGCAGUUUUAAUAAGACAAGUUUGUAAAUUAGGUGGAAAACAAUCACGGUGGGAGUUUAACUCGGAACGCAAGCUACGUUUUUCUGAUAGUUAUGGGGUAUCACGACAGUCACCGGAACGUUCGCGAACGCCAUCUUUUAGAAAACUCUAUUUUCGAAAUGUGUGCUUUUUUUCUUCAUAGGCCUUCGUAUCAGUAGUCCAAAAUGCCUCUGAAUGACUAAAAUAAAUAAGCGGUUUUUAUCAAAACGAAUGAGAUCGCAGUGUGAGGGCUGGGCCAAUCUCUGACAAAUGGCCACUAUAUCUCCAACGAAAGAAGAUGGACUUUCUUCAAUACAUGGUUGCUGUUAGGAGUACCGUUUGCAUUUUUUAUUCAACGGCCUUUCAGUUUUUAGAACCGGCUAAUUGAAAUAGUUUAAAGAAGCCUAUAAACACGUUCUUCCCUAUCCUUUUUGAAAUUCUUUUGCAAGACUGUUAAAAAUUUUUUGGGGGUCAUGUUCAUGAUGUUACUAUUCAUUAAGCAUGGUCAGCUAAAAUCAGUGGACACAUAUUUGAAUGCAAUACCUUCCAAAGAACUGUGUCAUUAGUUUUUAUAAUGGCCGUAGGACGGUCCAAAGUGAAGUUCAUGCUGUAUGUUUAAGUAGCGCUGAUCCAGGAAUAGGUCAUUCCUCCCUCAUACUUGACCAGGACGUCCGCUUCUUCAAGAAAACAGUGAUGACCUGAGCCUGAAUUUGAUUGAAACGAGGCACAUUUUCAUAGCGCUGACUAAUCCCUUCCUUUUCACAUCCACGGUGUUACACUGGCAAAACAAUGUUUGGGAGGAUGCAGGUAUGCUUCAUCACAAUGGCUGGCUAUGAGUUUGUUCUCGGCCAUUCAUGACGCACCUAUGUACAUAUUCCCACAAACUGGAUUUCGUUCAUGUCGAUAUGAGACACCUGUGAGGAUUACCAUAAAAUUAAGUUAACAAGAAUCUAUUGCAGAUGAAUCUUAGUUCCCAGCUAUUCUACCAGCGGACAGCCUUCCAGACUGCAAUUUUUGAUGUAUCUUAAUAGUUCAGAAGCGUCUGGUACUCCCAUCUCUAACACAUCGUCCACCACUGACAAGACUGAGUCAGACCAGGCGGAGAUCAGCUCGGCUGCACCGGUUGAUGUGACAUAAAGCCCUACUUUGUCUUGCAUGCCACACAUAUGCUUGAUCCUCGAUUCCAUCUGGCGUAACAGCGUUCCAUGAGAAGACAAAAAUCGAUGCCUAUGGAGAUAAGUCACCUUAAUCUGGUUCGCCAAAUAAGUGCUAAAAUUAGGGUCACUGAGCUAUGGUAAUUUAACCAGAUCGGCGACUUAAGUUUAUUCUACCAUAAGAAAGAGCGAGAAACACAUGGGGAUGACAAUACACCUUAGAUAAAUUUAUAACAUGAAAAGGGGCUAACCAAACAACUAAUUUUCGUUUACAUUAUGGCCGUUACUUCGAGUCGGACUCAUUCUGACAUAGUUUCUCCGCAUCAGAGACUAGCUUGUCGUUGUGCUGCGUUACUUCUCAUGAUGAUCGUAAAGAUUGUCUUGCAUGUUCACUUUACAACAAAAAAUCUGCUACUUUGUUUUAACAGGGGUAUUUGACGGGCUCAUGGGCUACUGACGAUUGGAACGCCCGUAGAAGAAAUACAAAUAAUCCAUAAUUGACCCUUUAUAAAGCGCCCUUUUCUCCACACCGUCAAUUAUGGACUAGUGACAGAAAAGGUCUUUGGCCGACCCCAAUGAUUUGUUAGCCAUUUUAGAAACUAAAAAGUAACUGGUUAAAACUCUAUCAGAAAAAACAUAUCACAAUAAUCUUUUUAGCAAAGCCAAACACAAUAGUUAAGUAUUUUUAGUUAUUCUGCCUAUCGCGCCGUAUUGCUGGCACAAGGAUUUAAGUGCUAUCCAGUCAAAAUGGACUUUCAAAUUCUCUUGUUGAGCUAACAUGAAUUUGCAAUCACCUUUCGAGACAUUUGAAAAUGAUGGACUUGUUCCCCUAAAAUCUACCGAAAUUAACAGGCGAAGGUAAAGGUACUUCGUUUGACUUUGGAUUUAUAUGUCAAUUAUCAAAUUAUAUUCGAUGAUUUGGGUAAGAUUGUGUUAGAUUUUCUCAGAAAAACAACUUGGUGCAGUCAAUCGAGUAGGUCAGUAGGUUUGGUGUUGAAGUUUGGUUUCUUGGUUAAACAUAUGGUAAUACGAUUUUCCGGUCAAAAACGUCAUUUCAGGUAUUUAAUUAUACAGAUAUUAUUUUCGCUGAUGUCAAUGCAAAAUUUUAUAAAAAUCUUGGACCUAACCUUCGGAAGCUUAGUUUCAAAAAUUUAAUUUUAUAUCUCUUUGCUCGUCGUGGGCAAAGUUACAAGUUAACUUUAGAGAUGUACAAUACUGACUGUUCUCAAUGAAUUAUUUUAUCUUUUUGCCUUUAUCUACUGCGCAGACUGCGAAAAUGACUGACUUCUUUUAAUAGACACGCUUUGCCUGUUAAAACAUGUUUUGUUUCCUCAAACAAAUUAGGUUACAUUACUCUCGCGGAUCUCGAGAAAUACGCUAAGGAAAAUGGAAUGAAUCCUAAAAUUGCGCAGGUAACUCACCCUUCAAAGGCAACUCUUCGGGAAAGACAACUAGUUUCUAUUAGUCAAAAUAAUUCGACCACGGUGAAUAAAAACUGUGGGGAGUUUAUUUUUUUCACUUUUCAAAGUUUCGAAAGGACGACCGUAAUGCACUUUCAGCAAACUAAGUUAUUAAGUUUAAAUUACACAGUGACGCCAAUCUUCCAAAAAUGUUGUCAUUCAGACUUCAAGAAGCAAGCAACUGAUAUUUUUAUGUUCGAAUGAAUCAAAACUGCCCAGUGAACUUAAGAUCGAUUUGUCAAAAAAAUUAAGUUCCAACUUUUUUGACGAGAUGAAAAUUACAGAACAGGAUGUAGGGUACUGACAGAGAAGGCCACGCAGGCACUUAGUCUGUACUGUGAGGUUUGCAUCUCAGUUAUUUGCGCAAGCAAUUGCGGGGUAACAACAGAUAUUUUAGAUGAUAUUUGCUAAAACAUUAUUUCGGUCUACAGAAACAACCCAGCUGUUCCAACGAAUGUCGAUACAUUUGUCCCUAAAACAUGCUUCAGUUUCUUUGAUUAGAGUCGAGUUUGUAAGGACUGUUAUACACCGUAAACAACUUGACAUUCAUGCCACAUACGUAUUCCAAAUUUAAAUUCACCAUGUUUCAGGGUGGUUUCUCCAUCGUCAUUGAUGAAACUCCACGUCGUCAGCCCCGAAGCCGUUGUUAUUUACAUUAAUUUGCAUAUUGCAGCCUGUGUCUAGCCUGCUGCCUGAGGGCACCUGUUGGUCCCUAUUCGCAUACGAAGCAUGCUGAAAUAAAUCGAACCUCGAGGCAAGGUGGGGGGCGGCGUAAAGACAUCUUAACAGGGGUAAUUUUAGUUUAAUCAGCAGUAUGGUGCAGGCCGGAGUUCGGCCAUCAUUUGUAUUACAGACGUGCUAGUUUACAGGCUCAACGUAAAUGUUAUAUGGAAGAAAGUUAGAUCAGCGUCACCUGCUCCUUCCGCUCCCACCUUGUAGCGAUGCAGGCCAACAUCAAGUCGAAUGGUGAUAAAAUGGCGCAUUCUGGCUGAUGUGGUGCAAAGAACAAGUCUACAGCGUACCACAGGUCUGCGUGGCAGACGCUGAAGUUUAGCGCAGCCCUACAUCCACAUCAGGACGCAACGGGGCCGUAUACUUGGACACUGUCAUAUGUAGUAAACAUUUAUGAUGAGGAUAUUAAUUAUUUUAUGCGGGAUUUUUUAUAGCAGACGAGACAUGAAUUUACAAGCAAGUAGUAAUGACCCUUAAUUAAGUAUUCUUGCAAGGCAUACAUCUCUGGUAUAUGUAAAUUGGUGUAUAUAUACGUUGGACAUCUAAAUGUUUAUGGCGCAGGAUUUACAAGCAGCAGUUAAGAAAACCGAAAAGUUUGUCUGCAUAAUAGCCAGUCUUUAAUUCAUCCAGAUGCACAACGUUUCUCCGUGAAGUUACUAUCUACCUCUUUCCAUCUAAUGUUUUUCAGAAAUGGAGGAUAGAGUUUGACCCACAGAACACUGGAAGAAUAACACUCCAGAAAUUCUGCGACGUCCUGCAGGUUGACAUUCAAGAAGUGUAAGCCAAAUACUCUAUUGUCAUAUUGACGACCUUUUAACUAAAAACAUUCAUGUCGUAAUUUAAUUAAUUAAGUAGUUAAGCCCAAUGCUUCUAUUUUUCAGAAAUAUAUUUUGUUUCUUAAGAAUCAAUUAAUCUUCCGAAUACACAGAUUAAUAGAGUGAUUGAAAAUCCAGACGUCUAACGGUAGGGUGUAACCAAAAGUCAUCUGUUAGAGAUAGGCUUAAGGUCUUGAAUUUCCAACACAGUACUGGACGACAUUCUUUGUCGAAAAUGCCUCAUGAUUCUGGUUGGUAGGUCAUCGAAAAGUACAUCUUGGGUCUACCAUCGGCAAUUUAAAAAUACUCGAUGCAUUGAUUUUAUGUGUAAAGUGACUUAAAGCGGAGAAGGCUUGACGACGUAUACCUCGCUUUCCCUUCAUACCAACGAUCUUCCAAGCACAGGACAAGGUCCAAACAAAUGAACAUCGAAGUGGAUGUAGUGGCCGUCCUGGCAUGAACCUUCAUCGCCAUGUGGCACGGACGUAGUGGGGCCCAUGGCGAUACGGACCAGCCUUUGGCACCUCAUAUCCAAUGGGUGCUGAGAGAGUCCGCAGAUGAUAGACGAAAGGGGAAUCAUUAUAAUCUCUCCUUGUAGUUUGGCCUAAAUAGUAUUUAUAGUUUAUAAGCGACAUAAAUGUGUCUAACUUGCAGGCAUGUUAAUCUAACGAAUUAGCAUAUUAUCCAUAGUAGGAAAUAAAAUCCUGUGCCCUAGACACGGCUUUCAGUGUUGGCCUGAAAUUAUAACGUACAUCUUACUUUAACACAGUCAACGCCUUUUGAAUGACAGCAUACGGUUAUUUUAAAAGCAAACAGCACUACUGGUGAUAUUAUUUCAUAUGACAGUGACUCCGCAAUAUUCAAAAAGUGUAUUAUCAGUAAGAUCAGACAAAUGCUACGCCGAUAUGUCUGCUGUCGUAUAACGCAGUGGGGGAGGAGGACGUUCAGCUCCCUUAUGGGUUCUUCAGAGUUUUCCCUAAGGCUUCGAGUAUACGAACAUCUAAUAUGAAUUUCAGACCUGCUUCGUUUGCGAUCUGUUAUACCUUUUAUAGAUUUUGCUCGGGCCAUAAAGAACGGCGUGUUGUUAAUAUUGAUUAUGGACUGGCGUGGCCAGAAUAAUUGCGGAAGUAUUUGCGUUUGUUACAGAAGGAAACAACAACAACAACCGCAUACAACAAACUCCUUGGGAAAAAUUCGCGUGCAUGAUCAGGAAAUGAGCGAAAAAAUGAUGGAGGACUCGUUAAACACAACGAAAAAAUUCAUAGUUCAGUAUCCAGUCGAUUUAAAGGUAAGUCAGUUAAUUGCGCUUCAUGAAAGUGCGUUAAACUCAUUUUAAUUCUUGACGUUUUAUUAGAUCAACACAUCUUUUCCGACGAAUAAAUGCGCUCUCCAUACUACUGGUUUAAUUAACUAUGAAUUAGCAUAUUCGCCGAGAUUUCUGCGAAGAGUCUCAGGAUAUUUUAGUGCUGCCGAAUAAAAUAUGACCUGAUAUUUUUAUAAGGCGCACUAAGAUAUUUAAAGAGUUUUAGUCCAUUAGAUGACAUUUAAGUCAAAGAACAGACUUUUCGACUUUUAAGGUUUUUGAGUAUCACUUAGAAAUAAUCCAUAGUCAUGUAUUGCUGUUUCCUGUCUGAAAGUUCCCAUUUCUCAUCCAGUACAUAGUAACACCAAUAUGUGAAGACAAAAAACAACGGACACAGAGAUCGUAUUUUAUGGUGUAUUAGCGUUUUCAUUUACCCAUUACCGAGUCCCAGGCCUGGUAAUUCCAGGGCUUGAAAUGUGGCUCUUUGGCCACUGACUCAGACAAUCGACUACGGAAUCAUUUCCCGUUCGCUCUGCAUGAGAUUAAUAAAGGUCCCAUCGACAUGUUCAUCUCUUGCCGACUGUCUGCAUGCGUUUGAGCCUGUGGCUCUGCGCCCAAACAGAAGGCUCGCGCUGCUUUCUGUAACCAGAAUCGGUCGAUGGACUCAACUACCAUGGGAAAAAACGUGAGAAAUACACAAAACAAUGGUUACUUUACGCAAAUUUAGACUAGGAAAUCGGCAUUAUGCGCACAGAUUGUGUUAUCCGUGAAAUAGACAAUGGGUUUCAGGACUGUUAUAUUUUAUUUCUACUGUCUACAGGCGAGGGCUGGAGCGAUAAAGCACUACAUGGAGCAGAAGUACGGGGACUGCUGGCACUGCUUUAUCAUGCCUGCAAAUCAUGGAUACAACUACUCACACAAGCCCAAUUGCUCCAUAACCUUCUCAUGUGAUGACUACUUUUAUCUGCUAUUUUGUACACCGCUUCAGUAA